AACACGCGAAGCAUAUCUCUGUUGUCAAAUCCCUAUAUUCGCACGGUGAUUUUGCAGGUUGCGAGGUGUCUGACAUUAACAGUGGCAAUCUGUUUGGUGCUGUCAGUGAAAUUCGACGCGAUAGAGGCUGAGAGAUGGUCGCGACAGGUAUCGAACAGCGAGUGGAUACCGUUGGCGAAUCCGAGGGCCACGCAAGCUCAAGUCGAGCAAAGUAGUCCGGCUGCGGGGCUCCUGGCAACCGGAAACGCGCAGCUGCCUCAACUUCCGCAACUCUCUUUGCCACCGGCCCUUCAGCAACAGUACCAAGAGCAGUUGUUGCAGUUGCAAAAGACUCAGGAAAAUAUACAGAAGUUGUUGCUGUUGCAACAGCAGCUUCGAGCACAGCAGCAACUUCUUCAGACGUCUUUGUUUCCCCAGUCUCAGACGUUCCUGCCCAGCGGAUUUAGCAACGCAGACGAGGACAAGCAACUGCACGACGUCGGACUAGCAGGCUCGCAGGUGGCCGAUCUUUCGUCGGAGGAUCUGGUGCCGCCUCUGCCCGCAUCGGAAGCGUUGCCGCCGAUUUUCCCGGCGCAAAACUUCCUCGGCCAACGGUCCAGGCAUCAUCCCUCGACGAAGCAGGACACGAGCCUACCUCAGGAGGCUUCAUUCGUCGGCUUAUCUGGCCAGGAUUUCAAGAACGGCGGCCAGCUGCUGCAACCGGGAGAGCAGAACGUCGAACAGAUCGAAGAGCGCGAUCAAAGGCAAAGCGCGAAGCAGAUAAAGGAACCAGGUCAGGCUUCUUUGCUGUCUCAAGGUGAAAGUGGACAAAACGAAGAGGAGGAGGUGCAAUUAGUUUACGUGCCGGCGGAGACCUUGGCGCAACGAGGUCAGCCGAAAAGAGGCCGCGGAAGAAAGCAGUAUCCCCUCCGUCAGCAGCAGCAGCAGCAACAACCUCGACAACCGCAGCAACACCACGACAGCCGAGGUAUCGACGACCAGGAUGCCCUUGCCCGUCAGAUACUGCAGCAAAUUCAACUGGAACGCGAGGAGAAGGCCCAGUUCCUCAAGGAGGAGCGAAUGAAGGAACUCGUCCGGUUGAACGAGGAGCAAAAGGCAGCGGAAAGGAAAGCACGCCUGCAGCAAGAAGCCUUGCAGAGGGAGCAAGAGCUGCAGAGGCAGCGCGAGAUCGAGAAGAAGAAAAAAGAAUUGGAGAAGUUGGAGGAAUUGGCGAAGCAACGGGAACUUGAGAGGAUACGCGAGGCCAGGGAGAAGCAACGACUGGAAGAACUGGAAAGGCGAAGAUUAGAGGAGAUCCGAGCGAAAGAGGAGAAGCGUCGGGCGGAGGAAGCAGCAGAGCAGAGGGAAGCCGAGAGGCUGGCCGCUCUGGAGAAACAGAAGGAACUGGAGAUCCUGAAUGAGCGUGAAAAACAACGGGAAAACGAGGCGAGAUUGGCCGAAUCGGAACGUACUGAGGGCCAAGACGUUCAAACGCAGGCUCUUCCUUUGAUCAGGGAUCAGUUUCAUCGCCAGCAUCCGUCGGAUACGCCGAAACAAAGUAAAAGUAAAGUCAGGGGAAGACAGAGGCAGAGGAUUCCUCAUUAUCAUGAUCAACAAAAUUACAGGGAAACGACGACCCCAUCUCCUAAUCAACCGCCCUUGGCAGUGUACAUGGGAAGUUCCAGUUCGAAGACAUCCAACGUGAAAGUAGCUGACGUCUUAAGGAUAUUAAAGGAUGCUAAAACCAUAGCUGUUCUGGAUACAGUCGGCCCGGACACUCCGCAAGUGUUCGUGGGUCCGACCAGUUUAGAUCCACCGACAGGUUACGCCAAGUUCGAUCUGCCGUAUUUGUCAUCCAUCGAUCACAAUCGCGUCGAGAGGAAGGUUGACAAGUUACCUUUCUUCGUCGCGCCACUUAGCUUCGAUCCACCUCCAGGAUAUUCGAAGAUACCAUUCCCAGCGCCGCACAUAGGGUCAGUGGUAGUGAAUACCCUGGAUAACGCUGAUGCGAAAGGAAGCGACGAUCAAAAUCCUAGCCCAACACCUUUGAUAGAACCUAACUCUUAUCUGGACGGUUUGGACAGCGUAUCUGAAUCUACUACCCCUUCGUACGAGCCUCAAACAACUAUCAACUACUCUCCAGAAUCGUCAAGCACGCCCAGGUACGAGCAGACGUAUGGACCAACGUCGUCUGCUGGAUACUCUGGCUCCAGGUUCAGGUUCAGACAGUUCUACGGCGACGGUAAGCCAGCUUCUGUCGUUACUUCCUAUUACGAUGAUCAGAGAUCUACCACGAGGAAGCAGAAGUACUACGAUGAAAAUUCGCGGACGACCGAGGCCCCUGUUCAAAGUGGAAAAGUGGGCACAUCAGCUGUGAGUCGAGCUGAAGAAAUUUCGUAUUCGACGACGCCCAGCUUCAGAGAAGAAACAAUUGGCCAGCAGGAGCAGUCGGGUCAGCUGGCGUUAAUUAAUCAACAGUUGGCCCAGCAGAGGGAGGCGCAACGCUACAACAACGGAGGGCAAUAUAGUCAACAGAAUCCCCAGGCUUCCGCCGGUCUCGUCGGUAGUUUCGACGGUGAAAUCACUGCUGGCGAUGUUAACGACGUUAGAAUUCCCGUUGGACCCACGCAAUAUAGCUUGCCGGCUGAACUACCAGCGAUCUCUCCGCACCUUCCCGGCCUGGUGAAUUCUCUGUUGGAUAAGAAUGAGGCGAAACUCCAUCCUGGUGCGACGACAACUACAAGCACAACUACCACUACAACCACUACCACGACACAGCGUUCUCCUACGACAACGUACAGGCCACGAAGUAGACAGAGAAGCAGAUUGGUUUCCACGAGACCAAGAACAACAACAACCGAAGCACCGUCGACCAAAUCGAACGUGGAGAAAAAUCGAAGACCGUACAACAGAUCUAGAUCCAGGUUCACGACCACCACAGAGGAGUAUCGCGAGUCUGCUUACGAGCCAACUAAAUCCAAAAUUCCGGAAACUACGUUGAGGUAUAACUCGGAGCACAGGAGGCCGAGCAGCAGGACGAACAAGUACAGAAAUCGAGAUAAAACCAGUCAGCAGCCUGAGGUCGUAGGACACGCUCAAAGCCAACAGGCACAGCAAUCGUACGACACUGGGUCCCGUAUCAGCGAUCCGAACUCCCCUAUCACCGACUCAGAACCAAGUGUUCUUCGUCAGUUGGAUUCGUCGUCAAGCUUGAACGACCACGCUUCUGAGAAUUAUUCACCCACCACUGUUAGCGCCACGGAGAACUACCCGUCGUUUCAUGAUGUCACUGUGAACCAUGCUACCGCGUUGAUUUCUGACGAUUACUCGAGAAGUCAGAACUAUCCGCAGAACGUUGAGGAGGGUCCGCGUUACCGGCCUGGCUACGACGAAUCGACCUUAGAACGGACCGACCUUGAAAAGAAUCCAGUGAAUGGAUUUAAUUAUCAUCAAGCUCAGAGUGGCGAGCCGCUGGAUCAAGAGGUCGUUCAGAGGCCGAAGAACUACCAGUUAGACGGGAAAGCGGAGAACAGUGACUUUGAAUUGGCCACGACUGUCGAUCCAAGGCUACGCACGCCGGACGAGCAACGUUAUUCUCAAAUUUACGAGGUGAACGUCCCACAGAAUCAGCCGGAGUACAGCCUGACCGGUCAGGAUAAUCUGCAUCGCGUGGAGAGCGACAAGAUUCAUCAAGCUGGCGUCGACGAGGGUAAUCCUAACGAGCGGCCAAUAUUUAUCCCGUUGCCGGAGAAUAAGCAGGAAGAUUAUGAACUGCCUGUUUCCCCCACCGAGAUUCCGUUGUCAGAUGUAACAACAGAAGCAAUUACAACAAGCACAACGCCCGUAGUGAUUCGGCAACGUGUUCGAGGACGCGUUGGUACCCGCUUGCAUCAUGAACCAUCGGUUCAGACACGGAACAAAGGUUCACAGGACGAGUACGUUCGUUUCAACGUGGUGAACCAAGAUUCCACUCGAACCGUGCCGAGUAGACAGAGAACCAGAUCCAGACCUCGCACCCAGAAUCACGGAUCUCAAGUUCAGACUGAUGGCAAUGAAUAUAUCAAGAUACACGCGGUACAGCAACAAAGGCAAAUCACUACCACCACGAAACCACCAGCACUAUCUACAACGACCACUACCAUGCGUCCGACGGAGGAGGACAUUGAUUACGGAUUUAUAAGGCCGCCGAAUUUCCGACCAGUACAUCCGGUGGAUAACAGAUUCCAGACACCUGUUACGUACAGGCCCCAGCUUUUGGAG